ACGAUGGAGCAGGACAACCACACCAGAGUCCGGGAGUUCAUUCUGCUGGGGUUCCCGACCAUCCUGGAGCUGCAGGUGCUGCUCUUUGUGGUAUUCCUCACCAUGUACGUGUUGACCAUCCUGCAGAAUGUGGUCAUCAUCACCCUGAUCAGGACAAACCAUCACCUUCACAAGCCCAUGUAUUUCUUCCUCAGUCACCUCUCCUUCCUGGAGGUUUGGUACAUUUCAGUCACUGUUCCAAAACUGCUGGUGAAUUUCCUGGCAGAGAAUAAGAGCAUCUCCUUCAUGGACUGCAUGGCCCAGCUCUACUUCUUCAUCGCCCUGGUCUGCACCGAGUGCGUCCUCCUGGCCGUCAUGGCCUAUGACCGGUAUGUGGCCAUCUGCCACCCACUGCGCUACCCAGCCAUCAUGAGCCACCGGCUCUGCCUGCAGCUGGCAGUGGGCUCCUGGCUGGCUGGCUUCCUCAUCUCCAUGCUGAAAGUCUUCUUCAUCUCCCGGCUGUCAUUCUGCGGCCCCAAUGUCAUCAACCACUUCUUCUGUGACAUCUCCCCGCUGCUCAACCUCUCCUGCACUGACAUGACGAUGGCAGAGAUGGUGGACUUUGUCUUUGCCUUGAUCAUCCUGCUCAUCCCGCUCUCCAUCACCAUUGCCUCAUACGUCUGCAUCAUCGGCACCAUUGUGUGCAUCCCCACCGCCCAGGGCAGGUGGAAAGCCUUCUCCACCUGUACUUCCCACCUCACUGUGGUUGUCAUCUUCUUCUCGGCCACCCUCUUCAUGUAUGCCCGGCCCCGGAGGAUCCACUCCUUCAACCUCAACAAGCUGGUGUCAGUUAUGUACACGAUUGUGACCCCCAUGCUAAACCCCUUCAUCUAUUGCCUGAGGAACCAGGAGGUGAAGGGAGCACUAAGAAAGAUGCUGUGUGUCAAGAAUGCUGUCCCCAAGGUCUUCAGCAGUGACCACUAG